CUCCACCCCGGACAUCCAUUGAAUUCCCCGACCUCCCCCCAACCGAACCCAAGUACACAUCACAACAAGCCAAACAAACCACGAAAAUGCCCGUCUACCACAUCGUCCUCUUCCGCCUCAAACAAGGCGUAACCCCCACCCAACUCACAAACUGGUCCAAAGUCUCCCAAGCAAUGGUCGGCCAGAUCCCCGGCCUCAGAUCCAUAAAGUCCAAUCAGCCGUUACCGAUCUCCGUGCCCCGCGCUAAGGGUUUCGAUAUGGGGCUCGUGGCUGUUUUGGAUAAGCCGGAGGAUGUGGCGGUUUAUGCUAAACAUCCGGCGCAUUUGGAGGUGCAGAAGAUUAGAGAGGAGUUGUGUGAGGAUACGUUGGCUUAUGAUCUUGAGUUUGAGGAGUAGAUUCUCUCUCUAUCUUUGGGUUGAUGAUGGGUGGUUGAUGAAGGGACGGUAAAUGUAAAUGUUCUUUAUGAUGCGGAUACGGAGGAGGUGAAGAAGAAUGGAACUUUUGGUUGUCUUUAUAAACAGCAAUAGAUAGACUUAAGAAACGCCCAGUCCCACGUCGAAACC